AUUCUCUCUGCCCCGGCAUCAUGAUGUUGCUAUUCUCAUCCGCGUUAUCCGGAGUCCACAGUGAAUGAACCGAUCGAUUAUGCGGCGUGUCAAGAAAUCCCGCAACGGCUGUGCCAGGUGUAAGAGCAAACGGGUCAAAUGCGGGGAAGAGAAGCCUCAUUGUAGUCGAUGCACUCGUUUGGGGGUGAGGUGCCCCGGCUACGUCCAGUCUUUGCGCUGGGUGACCAAGUAUCCAUCCACUACAGAGGGUAACGAUGGCAAUGAUCACCCGGAUGAAUCACCGCUAGGGUCCGGCCAUUCCACAGCUCCGGGUCCGUCUACUGCCUCCCCCGGUCCAUCGCAGUUCCCCGAUACAUUAAUACAAUCUCCGUUGAUUGAGGGUGAUGCGAAGCAGACAACCACUCACAAUACCCCGGCGCCAAGGGGAUUGGGGCUAGAUGGCAACAGUACUCUGGAUGAUGGCUUGUGGGAUCUCCCAGAGCCAGGCUCUCUCCCUGAACUAGCAGACCUGGGUCCGUCGCCAGCUUCAAGAUCACCCUCUGCAGUUGGACCCGAGCGAGGAAGCUCGAUAUUCGACUUUAGUACCCGAAUUGAUCCGGAAAGUCCCUGGAACUUGUUUCUCUCGAGAACGCCUGAUUCCCAGCAUGAGUUACCUAACUUUUUCGGCUUCUCACCUGCGGCCAUUGUACGGAAAUAUCCUCCACCAAACUCCCGACCACCCCAGCGCGACCUCACGUCCAUUCCUCAGCCACUAAAUAACCCGUCCUGGACACUCAUUGAAUACUAUUUUAAAGAGGUAGCAGCUCUAUUCUCGAGCUAUGACAGUCAAAUGAACCCUUUUAGGUCGACUGUGUCCCGCCUUUGGGGCUCCUCAUUGGCCAUGUGUAAGACCAUGCAAAGUAUGGCAGCAGCCACACUAGUGAAUGACUUCCCGCAAUUUGGCCCAUUGGGACGUAAGCUACGUAACGAGGCUGUCGACGUCAUUUCAAAAGAGACUAACUUAGAUGACAAGUCAUUGUUAGCGUUACUCAUGCUCGGCCAAACGGCCAGCUGGCACGACUCCAAGGAUCUAGGCAUAUCGUUCUUCAAUCUGCUUCGGAAUCACCUUGAUACCAAGCCCUUAGAGAUUGCCAAUACAGAACGCGGUAAUAAUUACCAAUUCUUCCAGGAGGCCUUGGUAUACUGGGAAAUGCUCCUAGCAUUCGUCGCGGACGAUACAACAGUCCUAUCCGGAAGUGCAGCUGCAGAGGCAGACGGGCCACUAGUCUUACAGAAAAUUCCACAUCCAUGGACUGGGAUCGCCUGUGAUACCCAGUUCACCGUCCAGGAAGUAGGCAGACUUGUGCGUCGCGAGAGAAAGCGCAUCCGCUCGAGGUCAUUCACCUCCCGUGCCGAUAAUGCUCAGGCUCAAAAGGCCAUAGAGCACGCGCGGGAGUUGGAAGAGCGACUCCUUGAAUUAGCACAUCCUGCUGAGGCCGAAAUAGUCAGCCCAGGCGACGACGAGACCCCCGUAUGGCACCUGUUAACUAUGGCGGAGGUGUAUCGCUGUACUGGCCUCAUGCAACUAUAUCGUGUCUUCCCGGACCUCCUUCACCGUCGACUAUCCGGACAGCAACCUUCCUCCCAACCUUAUAAUCAACAGCCAAGUGCAACCCCUCCAGACCCAUUCCCAUCCGUAGAUACAGCCUCCGACCUAAUCAACUCGGUUUGGCUCGAUCCGUUAUAUUUCCAACCAGAAAACAACGGACCAUCCGACCCAGGAACUUUUCCAGACCCCUACUACGAUAGCUGGCUAACAGAGUUCGCCUUGACAACUCUCUCCCGUUUAAAAACGAUCCCCAUCGAAUCUCGCACCCGAUGUCUCCAGCCCCUUUUGCUCGUCGCGUCUAGUAGCGAACUUCGUCUACCCCGAUCAGUGGUUUCGCUGGAUAACAAUGGCCCCAAUAUCUCCUCGCAUGCCAUCGAAGUCUCUCGGACGCGCCAGUUCGUCCUCGGACGACUCACAUCGUUUUUGCAUGUUUUGCCCCCGAAGCCGAUCGAUGUCUGCUUGCAGCUUGUGAAGGAAGUUUGGAGACGCAUGGAUGCAGAGGAGCCAAACGUGUACUGGAUGGACGUGAUGAUCGAGAAAGGCUGGGAGACGACGAUGGGCUAGUGGAUGGAUGGGUUCGGCGUCGGAUUUUGUUCAAUGUACAUGGAUUGGAUACGUGAUACCCUCUGUGAUUAGAGACAGAUACUACAA